CCCCCCCCCCCCCCCCAUACUCACCUCAGUUCCAGGCGAUGCAGUGUCCCUCUGCUACCCACAUAUGUCACUUUCAUGCGUGCGCGGGAGUUCCGUCAGAUUCGGCCAUCAUUGGUGUCAGUGGGAGGAAUAGUAUCCCAUCAUUGGUAUCAGUGGGAGGAAUAGUGCCCCAUCAUUGGUGUCAGUGGAUGAAAUAGUGCCCCAUCAUUGGUGUCAGUGGGAGGAGUAGUGCCUCAUCAUUGGUGUCAGUGGGAGGAAUAGCACCCCAUCAUUGG